UAUGCCACCUCCCCGUCAUUCCGGACAGCGGACACAUCCGAUCUGUCCUCAGCCGGACACGCAGAGCAGCGCUUACACAGCGAGGACGAGAGAGAUUAACAAAGGAAAACAAACUGAGCUGAAAUGCUUUUGGACUCCAGGACUGUCCGUCUUCUCGGCGCGCUGCUCUUCUAGGCCAGUCCAUCUUCAGCAGGACUGACAGCGCUUCCCUGCACUUUCCUAUCUGAUCUGAUCUGAUCUGCCGCCUCUAUUGUCUGAAGCCAGAGGGUCACCAGAUAACAGCUCGCCAGAUCUCCAUCAGCGCGAGGCCGCGCGUGGACACUUCCUCCUCAGAAAGCACUGAAGUGAAGGCGCAGAUCGCUCAGUCCGCGGAGUCGGAGUGAGUGAAGUGAUCUGAGGGGAGGAAGAGGAGGAUGAUUGAGGAAAGAAGCCGCGGAGCCGCGCGCGCUUAGUUGGACAGCAGAGAGGACAUCAGGAGUAGACUUUACUGGACCCGUCAGCACAUCACGGGAUAAAGGUGCGACGUCACUGGUGGUCUGAGUCCCCCAGGUCCCGCGCUGAGAUCCGAGGAUUGGGCGGGAAGCUCGCGGCAGAGUGAAAAAUGAUGCUGAGCCCGGACCAGAGCGAGCCGGAGCUGCCCUGGAGUCAGUCGGACGCCGAGACGGUGCUCGGGGACAUCAAGGCGAGCUGCCUCUCGGACGAGGCGGCGGAGGGAGAGGGCAAGGCCAAGCCGCUGGCCCCGCAGGCGCUCACGCGGGAGGAGAAGCGGCGGCGGCGGCGCGCCACAGCCAAGUACCGGUCGGCGCACGCCACGCGCGAGCGCAUCCGCGUGGAGGCCUUCAACGUGGCCUUCGGCGAGCUGAGGAAGCUGCUGCCCACCCUGCCCCCCGACAAGAAGCUGUCCAAGAUCGAGAUCCUGAGACUGGCCAUCUGCUACAUCUCCUACCUGAACCACGUCCUGGACGUUUAGCGGCUUCCGGGGACGGGCGGAAGGAGCGUCUUUUUAAAAAAAAAAA